UUAUUUAUUAGCAUAGAAUUCCAAGUUAAGAGUAGAUUAGAAGGAGUUGUGGUUGACUGAUAUAAUCAGUAAGUGAAAUUAAAUAAUUAUGUACAGUCAGUACACCAAAGUGAGAGGUGUCGUUCAACCUGGUUUCAGAGCACUUCAUAUUAUUCUCUAUGUAAAUCGUAAAAUCAAUUUAGUAUGAUAUGUUAAUUUUUGUAUGGUAUGUAUUACUUUGUGGAUGUCCAUCACCCAUUUUGUAUGACAUGUUAGGAAUUACAAUUUGUAUUAUAUGUUGCGAAUUAGAAAAAUAUCAAUAUGUUCCCGAAUUUGCUAAAAGUAUGAUAUGUUACGAAUUCUAGCUAGGUAGCUAGGUGGCUAACUUUAGCUAGCUUGCUAGCGUUAGCUAGGCUAGGUGUAAGGUUUAGGGUUAAGGUUAUGGUUAAGUUUGAAAUUAGGUUAAAGGGUUAAGGUUAGAGUUAUGGUUAUAGGAAGGGUAACUAAAGGGGUUAUGGUUAGUGGAAGGGUUAGCUAAAAGGAUAAUAGUUAGGGGAAGGGUUAGCUAAAAGGAUUACAUUUAGUGUUAGGGGGAGGAUUAGCUAACAUACUAAUUUGAGUGUCCCGAAUGUACAUUUACUAUGUUAUGUCUAAUCAAUGAGACCAGGCAGUAUCAUUGGAUGGCAGGUAGCCUAGUGGUUAAGAGCAAUGGACUAGUAAAAGAAAGGUCGUUGGUUUGAAUCCCCAAGCUGACUAGGUGAUAAAUCUGUUCAUGUGUCCUUUAGCAUGGCAAUUAACCUCGCUUUAAAUCGCGCUGGACAAAGAGUGUCUUCUAAAUGGUGUCUAUGUUUAAUUGAUCAUUGGUAAUUGAUUCAGAGGUAUUUGCAAAAGGCUACCCCAACCUGGCCUUCCAUGAGGAUAAGAAGCCUCAGGAGCUGAUGACAGAGGGGCAGCCAACCGUUGACACGGAACGCAAGCCAAAGAAGGGCCUCGGAAGGAAGAAAAAAGAACCAGCCAAAGCAGUGGGAUUUUUCCAGUUGUUCCGCUACGCUACUGGUUGUGAGGUGCUCCUGAUGAUAAUCGGCCUGCUAUGUGCUGCCCUCCACGGGAUAGCCCUGCCCCUUAUGUGUGUUGUGUUUGGACAGAUGACCGACAGCUUUGUACAAAGUGGACAGCAGCUCAACCUUACAGCCAAUUUCACUGUGGAGGAGAUCAGCGCUUUAUUGAACUCAACUGACGGAUGUAUUCAAAUUCCUGGAGUUGAUAUAGAGGCUCUAAUGACUCGACAUGCCUAUUACUUCAUUGGGAUCGGUUGUGCUGUGUUCCUGCUGGGGACCUUUCAGGUGAUGUUGUUCUUGUUGACAGCCACCAAACAGACCAAACGGAUCCGGGAGAAAUACUUCCAUGCCAUCCUCCACCAACAGAUGUCCUGGUUUGAUACACACCAGAUAGGAGUUCUCAACGUCAGGUUAACAGAUGACAUCAACACAAUCAACGAAGGCCUUGGAGACAAGAUCUGUGUGUUCGUGCAGUUCUUCUGCACCUUCUUGUCAGGGUUCAUCAUUGGUUUCAUCUUCGGCUGGAAGCUAACCCUCGUCAUCCUGGCCGUCAGUCCUCUCCUGGCAGGAUCAGCUGCCGUCUGGUCCAAAAUACUUGCCACCCUGACCAGUAAGGAGCUGUCUGCCUAUGCCAAAGCAGGGGCGGUGGCUGAAGAGAUACUGGUGGCUAUCAGGACAGUUGUGGCUUUCAAUGGACAGAAGAAAGCUGUGGAAAGGUAUGAAAGAAACUUGGAGGAGGCUAAAAACUUUGGAAUAAAGAAGGCCAUCACCACUAACGUGUCCAUGGGCUUCACCCAGUUUGUCAUAUUUGGGACGUACGCCUUGGCUUUCUGGUACGGGACCAAGCUCUCUGUAGACGAGCCUGAAAACUACACCAUUGGAAAGACCAUUACAGUCUUCUUCUCAGUGAUGAUUGGGGCGUUCUCUUUGGGCCAGGGUGCGCCUAACUUGGAAGCCAUCGCCAAAGCCCGGGGUGCUGCCUAUGAAGUCUACAAUACCAUUGACCAGCCGCGGCCCAUAGACAGCAGUUCAAAGGAAGGUCACAAACCAGACUGUGUGAGAGGAGACAUUGAAUUCAAGAACAUCCACUUCAGCUACCCCUCCAGGAAAGAUGUCAAAAUUCUUCAAGGAGUGAAUCUGACAGUGCCUCGUGGGAAGACCAUAGCUCUGGUUGGAGCCAGUGGAUGUGGGAAGAGCACCACCAUUCAGCUACUGCAGCGCUUUUAUGAUCCAGACUCAGGAGAGAUUACCCUGGAUGGUCGGGACAUCCGGACCCUGAAUGUGAAGUGGCUGAGGGAGAAUAUGGGUAUCGUCAGUCAGGAACCUGUGCUAUUCGGAACAACCAUUGCAGAAAACAUCCGCUAUGGCAGAGAGGAUGCCACAGAUGAGGACAUCGAACGGGCCGUGAGGGAGGCCAACGCGUACGACUUCAUCUCCAAACUCCCCGAUAAGCUGAACACCAUGGUGGGGGAGCGGGGAGCCCAGCUCAGUGGAGGACAGAAGCAGAGGAUAGCUAUCGCCCGGGCCCUGGUCAAAAACCCGAAGAUCCUCCUGCUGGACGAGGCCACCUCCGCCCUGGACACCCAGAGUGAGUCGGUCGUUCAGGCCGCUCUGGAUAAGGCCAGAGCGGGCCGCACCACAAUAGUGAUCGCCCACCGCCUGUCCACCAUCAGAACAGCUGACGUGAUCGCUGGCUUCAGCAACGGAGAGGUGGUGGAGCAGGGAACACACAGGGAACUCAUGGCCAAGAAGGGGGUUUACUACUCUCUGGUCAUGCAGCAGAGUCAAGGGAAGCCAGAGGAAGAUGAAGAGGACCCUGUGGAAGAGGACAACCCUCCUAAAUAUGAGGAUCUGGAUUCGGUCCUAUAUGACUCAUCUGACAUGGAUGAGCUGGAAGUGGGAAACGAGGAAGGAAUAGAAAAUGGCGGCUUUGAAAAGAACUCAAUCAGCAGCGGCCGUGUGGAAAUGAAACCAACCAGGAGGAAAUCUAAGAAGUCCAAGAAGGACAAGAAGAAGGAAAAUAAACCAGAUGAAGCUCCAGACAUCCCCUUCACCAGAAUCCUGGCCUUGAACAAGCCCGAGUGGCCGUACAUGUUGGUAGGAACCCUGUCUAGCUUGGUGGGGGGAGCCGUUUAUCCCUGUGUCGCCAUCAUCUUCGCCAAGAUCAUUGGGGUGUUUUCCGAGGUUGACCCGGAAGUCAAACGACAGAAAACCAUGAUGUUUUCCCUGCUCUUCCUUCUCAUCGGAGGAGUGGCUUUUGUCACCUACUUCUUAAAGGGUUACAUGUUUGGAAAGUCAGGAGAGCUUCUUACCAUGAGGCUGAGGAGGCAGGUAUUCCAUGCCAUGAUGAGACAGGAGAUUGGAUGGUUUGAUGACAACAACAAUGCAGUGGGAGUUUUAACCACCAGAUUGGCCACCGAUGCAUCUCUGGUUAAAGGGGCGACUGGGUCUAGGUUGGGUCUGGCCACCAACACAGUCUGUGCUCUCACCAUCGCCAUUGUGGUGGCCUUCAUCCACAGCUGGCAGCUCACCCUCCUCAUCCUCGCCUGUGUGCCCUUCCUCAUUGGAGCCAACUUCAUUCAGAUGAGGGCCAUGGCAGGCCACGCCUCCAAAGACCAGGGUGCCCUGGAGCAGUCUGGGAAGAUAUCUACAGAGACCGUUGAAAACUUCAAGACAGUUGUUGGAUUGACACGGGAGGACGUCUUCUUUCACAAGUUCAUGGACAGUCUAGAAAGACCAUACCAGAACGGUUUGGUGAAGGCUCCCAUCUACGGACUAACAUUUGCCGUUGCCCAAGCAAUCCCUUACAUGGUCAAUGCUGCAAUCUUCCGCUUUGGGUCCUGGCUUAUUGCUCACUGUCACACAGAAUAUGAAAAUGUUUUCCUUGUGUUUUCUGUGAUCAUAUUUGCUGCCAUGAACAUAGGAGAAUCAGCAUCUUUUGCUCCUGACUUUGCCAAAGCGAAAGCAGCUGCAGGGAGAAUUCUUGGCUUGUUGGAGAAGAAACCAGAGAUUGACAUUUACAGUGAGGAGGGAGAGAAGCCAACGGACUUUGUCGGGGACAUUGAGUUCCGAGGGAUCCACUUUGCAUACCCGACCCGUCAGAAUGUGAGGGUUCUCCAGGGGUUGAACGUGUCAGUGGGGCCUGGUCAGACCCUGGCCCUGGUCGGGGAGAGUGGCUGUGGUAAAAGCACCUCCAUACAACUACUGGAGCGCUUCUAUAGCCCUGCUGAAGGACAAGUGUUAGUGGAUGGGGUGGAUACUAAGACCCUGAACCUGUCGUGGCUGAGGUCUCAGCUGGGCCUGGUGUCCCAGGAGCCCAUCCUGUUCGACUGCAGCAUCUCAGAGAACAUCCAGUAUGGGGACAACAGCAGAGAGGUCUCCCAGGAUGAGAUAGAGGAGGCAGCCAAGAACGCCAACAUCCACGACUUCAUCAUGGGCCUGCCAGAGAAAUACAAUACCAGGGUUGGGGACAAGGGGACCCAGAUGUCUGGAGGUCAGAAACAGAGGAUAGCCAUCGCCAGAGCACUGGUCAGGCAGCCUAAAGUACUGCUGCUGGAUGAAGCCACUUCCGCCUUGGACACAGAGAGUGAGAAGAUUGUCCAACAGGCUUUAGACGCCGCCCGGCAGGGCCGCACCUGCAUCGUGAUCGCCCACCGCCUGUCUACCAUUCAGAACGCAGACCAGAUAGCGGUAAUUCAGUAUGGUCAGGUGACAGAGCAGGGUACACAUACUGACCUCAUGGCUAAAGGGGGGGCUUACUAUGCCCUGGUCAACGCACAGGUCAACCACUAACUCAUAUUCAGAUUGAUGUUUUGCAGCGUAUGUACUGUUCUGUUGAAUGUUGUUUUGUGAGCUCUUUUUAUUGAGCUGCACUUCUUAGCCAGGUCCCCCUUGAGAAAGAGGUCUCCUGUCCAUAAUGGGACUUCCUGGUUAAAUGAAGGUUAUUUUUUAAAAUGUAUAAAGAAUAAGGAAUCUAUAUGGAUAAUGAUCUGGCAGCCAUAACUCACUUUGAACGGACUGCUAAAAUGAUGUUCAAUUGCAUGACACAAACUGUCUGUGUCAAUUGGUUUGAUCACAUGUAGGUGGUGACCUGAAAUGUAGCCUAUUGGGUUACUGUGCUAUUGGUUACUCACUGUAUUACUCAGCGAAAAUACGUUUUGAUAAGCUGCCUCGAAUGAAUGAACUGUUCUUGACCAUGGCACCUUUCAUUGUCUGAAGACAACAGGUACAGUAUGUAUUUCUAUAAGAAAAACAGAAAGGCACAUUAUCACAUUUAAAUGACUGGAUAAAAGCAGUGAUUGGGAAAGGUUGUAUACCUGUAAAUAUGAGAGGUUGAUGUUCAGAAGACUGUUGUAUGUUAUUGUAUACUGUGAUAUUUUGAUUCUUUUAAACAGGGACACUAUGCUCUAAAAGGCAAAGUAUGCAUUUGAAGAAUAUCUAUAUAUUUAAAUGAAUACACUAUGUAAGGCUGUUACUUGUUUGUAAAUAUGCAUUCAAAUAAAACAUUACAUC